GCAGGGGUCUCGUUUCCCGGGCGACUCCUCAAGCGUGUAACACAAGAGGCCGAGACAGGUCUUCCUUUAUCCGAGGCGCGCUGCAUGCUGGGACACCGGCGGGCGAGGAAACGGAGGCACGCCGUUGCGGAGAGCGGGAGCGCCUGACGGUUUGAACACACCCAGCUUCAGUCAUGUCUAUCGGAGUGCCAAUUAAAGUCCUGCAUGAAGCAGAGGGUCAUAUUGUGACCUGUGAGACGAAUACAGGAGAAGUAUACCGCGGAAAGCUCAUUGAGGCUGAGGACAACAUGAAUUGUCAGAUGUCCAACAUCACAGUGACCUACAGAGAUGGGCGUGUGGCACAACUAGAGCAGGUGUACAUUCGGGGGAGCAAAAUCCGAUUCCUCAUCUUGCCCGAUAUGCUGAAAAAUGCACCAAUGCUGAAAAGUAUGAAGAACAAAAACCAGGGCUCUGGGGCCGGAAGGGGCAAAGCUGCUAUCCUGAAAGCCCAGGUGGCUGCCAGAGGAAGAGGGCGUGGCAUGGGGCGUGGCAACAUUUUCCAGAAGCGGCGGUAACUUCGGACGCAGCCUUUUCUCAAUGUAUCAAAAACUGUAGUUGUAGAAUGUGGUGGUGAUGGGCUUUUGUGCUAUUCAAUAAAUGUGUUUCUUACAAAAUGGAGGGACAGCU